UUCUGUGCAAAAAUUUUGAGAACUGGGGAACAGAAAGUCUGUUGUCUUCUUUGGUCACAGCACCACGUUAGGGGGGGAUGCACAAGCUGGACCUUGACAGACUUGACUUAAUAGUGACAGCAAGUGUGACAGUGAAAAAGCAAAGGCAAUUUGUCUCCUUGCUUCCUGGUUUCCAACUGCUUGUCUUUUUUGUUUUUUCUUCUUUUUCCUCUUUCAACUUGCAGGUGAAAAUGGCUGCGGAAGAGAAGUGGAAAACUUCAGCUGAACAGGAGGGUGAAAAGGAACCAUGUGUGCUCCUGGGCCAGCAGCUGGGCGAACCGGGAAGAUUUGCUUACGCGGCGCUGUGCGGGAUAUCUCUGGCACAGCUCUUCCCUGAAAAAGAGCAAAGCUCCUUCAGGACGGAAUUUAUUGAGGGCUUUGUGAAAUGGCUGGACCUGCCCGAAGCUGUCUUACCUGCCAUGACAGCAUUUGCUAGUGGCUUAGGAGGCGAGGGCACAGAAACUUUUGCCCAGAUUUUGCUGAAGGAUCCCAUCUUGAAAGAAAAUCCAGUUGUCAUUACCCAGGACCUUCUAUCCUUCUCUCUUAGAGAUGGGUACUACGAUGCUCGAGCAAGGGUGUUGAUCUGCCACAUCACCUGGCUGCUGAGAGUCCCCUUGGAGGAGCUGGAAGUCCUGGAGGAAUCUCUGCUUGAGAGCUUGAAGGAACAAAAAGAAGAAGAGUCAGAAACUGCAGAAGUAUCAAGAAAAAAGAAGGAAAGAAGAAGAAAGCUGAAGAGAUACCUGCUGAUCGGUCUGGCAACCGUCGGGGGCGGAACAGUGAUAGGCUUGACGGGGGGUCUCGCUGCCCCUCUGGUUGCUGCGGGAGCUGCUACUAUCAUCGGGAGCGCUGGAGCAGCCGCUUUAGGUUCGACCGCUGGAAUUGCUGUCAUGGCAUCGCUUUUCGGAGCGGCUGGAGCCGGCCUUACCGGAUACAAGAUGAAGAAGCGUGUGGGAGCCAUCGAAGAGUUUGAAUUCCUCCCACUCACUGAAGGAAAGCAGCUUCAUAUCACCAUAGCGAUUACUGGAUGGCUGUGCGCAGGAAAGUAUGGGAGCUUCACAGCACCGUGGAGCAGCAUGUUGCGAUCGAGUGAGCAGUAUUGCCUGGCCUGGGAAUCCAAGUACUUGAUGGAGCUCGGCAACGCCUUAGAUUCCCUGCUGAAUGGUUUUGUCAACAUGAUGGCUCAAGAAGCCUUAAAAUUCACUGUCUUGUCAGGUAUUGUGACGGCCUUGACGUGGCCAACGUCGCUCUUGACUGUUGCCAGUGUCAUUGACAACCCCUGGGGAGUGUGUCUCCAUCGCUCUGCUGAAGUAGGCAAACACCUAGCACAUAUCCUGCUCAGUCGACAACAGGGCAAGCGACCUGUCACACUAAUUGGCUUCAGUCUGGGUGCAAGAGUCAUUUACUUCUGCCUGCAGGAGAUGGCUCAAGAGAAAGACUCUCAAGGGAUCAUUGAGGAUGUGAUCUUACUGGGAGCUCCAGUGGAAGGAGAAGCCAAGUACUGGAAAGCCAUCACAAAAGUGGUGUCGGGCAGGAUCAUAAACGGCUACUGCAGGGGGGACUGGCUGCUGGGCUUUGUAUACAGAACCUCUUCUGUCCAGCUCAACGUCGCCGGCCUGCAGCCAGUCGACUUGGAUGACAGGAGGAUGGUGAACAUGGACCUUUCAGCUGUGGUAAACGGCCACCUGGACUACAUGAAGCAAAUGGACACGAUCUUAAGAGCUGUGGGCGUCAAAACCAAGGAGUGUCGGCUGGAUGAGAAGGGCCGUGGCAGUUUUUUCUCCCCUCUGGCCAAGAAAUCCCAGCGGGCAGCGGAAAACAUCACACGAGAGGAGGAUGCGCCUGGCGGGAACCACCGGGAUUCCUCCAGCUCUCCCUUGGGAGAAACCUCCCUCCCUUGCCCAGACUGUUCACACGGCGGGGACGGCAACAAACAGGCAGGAGCAAAUUAGAGCUCGUUGUGUUGGGCAGAGAUGCUCGGCCAGCAGUAAAACUGCUUUCAGAGCACCGUCCGUCGCGCUGGGAUCCCCCAACGAGCGUCGGUGGAGCCGGCAGAGCUGGAGCUGCCGUUUCCAGCCCCUCCGGAGCGGCUGGACCGUGGCACCGGAGCAUCACUGCGUCAGAGCUUGUGAAGCAGCCGCCCACAGCAUCUCCCACAGAUGAGAAAUGGCCGAUUCCUGCCCAAAUCAGCGUUUCUCCUCAGGAAGCGGCGGCACAACCCUCCUGGCACAAACUGGGAUGCUUUGUGCUCAGGUGUCUGUAUAACUGAGAGCUUCAGGAGCACAAACUCGUUAGUGUGAGCUCGGAAACCGGCAGCAAGGCUUGUGGAGUGUGAGUGCCGGGGGGCCCAACAAGCACCUCCCAGCUCAUCUCUGCACCCAAAAGGCACUUGAGGGAGAAUUUGCCCAAAGCAUUUGUUGUUUCAUUAUUUUUAAGUGCCCACUUCCCGUAUUCUCUCUGCUAAUGGCUAUGAGGAGGGUUGAAGGGGUGGCGUUGUCCUUUAAAAGGCCAUAUUUGUUUAGAUUCUUAUUUGAAGGGGAAAUAAAGUAUAUUUUCUAACUGCA